UAUAGCAGUUCUUGGUGAGCGACUUAACAAAAUUGAAGAACUAAUGACGAAGGCUAAUCCGAGGGCAGAUACUGAGGCAUUCACUGAAAUAUCUGUCAUGUUUCCAUUCAAAACUAAGGAAGAUAUUUUGAUUUUUGAAGGCAACCUGGCAACAGACCCUGAACUUAUGGAUAAAUUGGUGAAAUAUCUAUCACAGAUAGGUGGUAAUAGCGCAAAGGAAAACAUCUUCAGAAUCAUGCGUAAAGUUUUCACCAAUGAUGUUGCACGACAAUCGUCGUGGCUAGGCCUGAGAAACAAUUUCAAAAUCAGUUGUUUGAAGACCACACUUGGCAUUAAAAUUGCAGUGAUGACGAGGUUCAAAAUGACUGAUAAAGAGUUUGAAGAAAUUGCAAGCGAAUGGUUACGACAAGCUAAUCAACGUUGUACGAGGGAACAGAAGCGAGUUCAGAAAAAUUUAUAAAAUCUACUAUAGCUUAUACCACUCAUUAUAUCAGUAGAUUCAGACCAAUCGAAAGCAAAUGUGAGGGACCAAUAUUUGAAAGACAAUGCCACACGCUUGUUUGAAUAUCACAGGAUAUUUCUUACAUGGGUUUUGCUAAAUUGUUUCGAAAAACAUGUGAUCUUGAAGGAAUGAUUUCUGAUAGUUUUAUUGAAACUUAAUAUUUUUAAUACCAUUCACCUUUCGACUUAUAUUACUUGAGCGGAGUAUAUGUUUCUAAAUUUAUGCUGUUUCGCUAUAUUCAAUCCUUUUUAUGGAGUCACUAGUUCGUACAGAAACCAUACCUAAUUCUUGGCAUAUCAUUGUCUCUGACAUUUUGGAUUAUACCUGUUUAUCAACUUUUUUAUCUCAUCAAUAUGAAAUACACAAUUGAUACGUUUUUUAUUUUCAUUUGUAAUUUGAUUUUUAUUUUCAUCAAUAUGCUUCUGUCUUUUCGUAAUGUCAUAAUCAUCCUUUACAUCGACUAUAAUUUUUCUUGAGUGUUUACUCGCCAACAAUAAAACGGUCCAAUAUAUAUACUUAAUAGUAGAAUUAUGGUUCCUAACAUCAGACGUAGCGAUUGAGAAGUAUCGUGUGUGUUAAUUUCGGUAUUCAGUUCAAGUAUGGAUAGUAGGUAUAUUUGAUCACCUGUUUCUCAAAUUUUUUUUGUUUGCAAUAACGAUGAAUGCAAUUCCAGACUUUGGUUACUCAAUCAAUGUUGAAGUAAGGUGCAACAAGUAGUUUGUAAGGUUUUAUUGUUCCUAAAUAGAAGACUGUUAUAAGUAUAAGUAGCAAAGAUUAAUUCUUGAUAUCGAUCAUGGAAAUAUGAUUUCCUUUUUCAUUAUAUAUAGUUUAUUCGUAAGAAAUAGCUUGACUCAUAUCAAACUUGGAUUAUAUGGACAUGUGAUGAAAACAUGUAUUGCUGUGCGAAAGACUAAAAUUUGCCGGUAACCAAACAUCCUCAUAUUACUCGAUUAAUAUAAUAUGAUAUUUUUGUUAUUGUUUUGAUAUUUUGAUAUGAAACUGAAAUAAUAUAGGCAUAAAUGUACAAGUACACAUUAUUAUAAGCAUACUAUCGAUAAGACAUUGUUUCCUGUAUCGAAUUUUAUUAGACUAUUUGUAUGUACGAAAGUUUAUAUAACUAAAAUAAAAAAUCACAUUAUUUACUGGAUAGCUAUACUUGAAAUAUUUUUACUAUCGCCGAUACGGUUCAUUACGUUGAAUGAUGAUUUAUUUAUUCAUGAAUGAUAACUUUUGAAAAUAGUAAGAAUAUAUUACAGGGAUAACAUUCUUUAGGUAUGUGUGAUACGUAAUUUCUGUGUAUACUAUAGAAACAAUUAUAUCCUCAAUAUAUCUAUUUCAUGCAGCUGCCAUGUUAAUGAUAUAAUAUACCUGUCUCGUAUCUGCUAUGUAGCAGGUCUGUAACGUAAGUCAGAUCACAUAUCGCUGUGAUGUUCCAUGGUCUAAACCUGUGACAUAGCUGUUACUUAGAAUGUGCCGGACAUUCUCGA